UUUUCAUAUCUUUGCUCUGUUACAUAUCAUUUACAGAAUGCGAUUGUGGUCCAAAUUCUAAGUGUUCCUUCGAUGAUAAAGAAAAGAAGAAAUGCAUGUGUGAGGAUGGGUUUCUAGAAUUCGAUGGACAAUGUAAAGAAUGCCUGUGUGGUGAAGGAUACGUAUGUUCUUUCGACAGAUUUGGAAAUAAAAACUGUGAAUGUGAAGAUCGUUUUCUUGAAUUCAAUGGAACAUGCAAACUAUGCGAUUGUGGACGAAAUGGAAUAUGUACGUUCAAUUCGCAAGGAAGACCGAAGUGUACGUGUCGUUUAGGUUUCAAAGAAUAUGAUUUUGGUUGUAGAGAUUGCUACUGUGGAUACGAUAUUAAAACUGGUGAAUCGAUUAAUUGCUCAUUUGAUAUGUAUGGAUAUAAAAGAUGCGAGUGCCCAGAUGGUUAUGUAGACAUUAAUGGCCAUUGUGAAGCUUCUCGUUAUUUGUUUCGAUGCAUGGAAGCGAUUUGUGUCAGAUAUGAUCCAGAUCGAGGAAUUGCAUGCAAAUGCAAUGAUUACAAAGAUUGGAAAUUCGAAGACGAACACAAGAAACGUAAUCCUGAAGAUAAUCCCAUCAGAUGUGAACGUGAAGUACUAAAAAUAGUCACUGAAGUGAAACGAGAAGUUUCUGCAUCAGCUGUAUUUCUUGUUAUUCUAUUGGGUGUUAUCCUCGGCGCAUUCUUAGUUCUAGCUUACAAUGCGUUCAAGAAACAAGAAGAGGAGGUGAAAAUAGAAUUUAUCGAAAAAGGAAAGUACUGAAGAAAGUUAUCCUAUCUAAAGUACACAUUGUUUUUGAAUACUUUCAGAAAUGAACAUACUUCAUGUUGGAACAUUGUAAAAUAUAUACGGAGAUUUUUAUUGCAAUUAUAUAUUUUUGCAAAAAUAAAAAAAAAAAAAUUAAAAAAAAAAAUUCUAAGGAA